GUGGGGGUGGGAGGAGGUGGGGGCCGCCCCGCGAGAAGAAGAGCGGGAAGAGGCGGACAGCGAGGCCAAGAUUUCAGCUGCGAGACGGUCAGGGGAGACCUCCAGGCGCAGGGAAGGACGGCCAGGGUGACACGGAAGCAUGCGACGGCUGCUGAUCCCUCUGGCCCUGUGGCUGGGCGCGGUGGGCGUGGGCAUCGCCGAGCUCACGGAAGCCCAGCGCCGGGGCCUGCAGGUGGCCCUGGAGGAAUUUCACAAGCACCCGCCCGUGCAGUGGGCCUUCCAGGAGACCAGUGUGGAGAGCGCCGUGGACACGCCCUUCCCAGCUGGAAUAUUUGUGAGGCUGGAAUUUAAGCUGCAGCAGACAAGCUGCCGGAAGAGGGACUGGAAGAAACCCGAGUGCAAAGUCAGGCCCAAUGGGAGGAAACGGAAAUGCCUGGCCUGCAUCAAACUGGGCUCUGAGGACAAAGUUCUGGGCCGGUUGGUCCACUGCCCCAUAGAGACCCAAGUUCUGCGGGAGGCUGAGGAGCACCAGGAGACCCAGUGCCUCAGGGUGCAGCGGGCUGGUGAGGACCCCCACAGCUUCUACUUCCCUGGACAGUUCGCCUUCUCCAAGGCCCUGCCCCGCAGCUGAGCCAGCACUGAGCUGCGUGGUGCCUCCAGGACCACUGCCGGUGGUAACCAGUGGAAGACCCCAUCCCCCAGGGAGAGGACCCCGUUCUAUCCCCAGCCAUGAUAAUAAAGCUGCUCUCCCAGCUGCCUCUCA